AUGACAAUUCAUACCUUAGAUAUACCGUCUUUACCACCUCAUCCAGAUGUGGUAUCCAAAGGGACAGUUCAUGUCCCGAUAUCACCGAUAUCAGUUUGGCCAGUAGAUAAUAUACCUUCCUUAUAUACGUUUCCAGCUGAAUUGGAUGUUGACAAAUUGAAAAGAGCGAUUCAGUUAUUAAGUACCGUUUUCCCUAGUAUAGCAGGUAGAUUUGAGAAAAGGAAAAAGGAUGAUAAAGACGAGGAUGAGAAUAGAAUUGGAAUUGGAAUUGAAAGUGGGAGUGAAUUCUACUUUAAUCUCACUCAAUCUCCUAUUCCACUGGAAAUCCAAUCAUUGACAAUCUCAGGACCGCCCUUCCCAUCUAAACGAGUGAUCCAAGAAACUCUAGAACCUUAUUUACCUGAUCUGGGAAUGGAAUAUGUGCGCGCCGGGACGGAUCGACCUCUUUUCAAAAUUCGUUAUACGACUCUUCUGCCUUCCCGAGAGAGUAUACUGGGUUUUUCAUGGGCUCAUAUCUUGGGCGAUGCAGCUGCUUCUUUGACCGCCCUUAAAUGGUUAGAAUCAUUUUAUGUAAAUGAUAUCAAGGCUUUUGAUAGUUCAAAUUCUCAAUUCGCAUUACCCAAUUAUGGUCCACACGUCACUCUACCUCCUCUACCAAACGGAGGUGGGAUUACACUGAAAAACCAAAGUCAAUUCGAAGGAUAUCCCGUCGAUCAAAGAUCCAAUAUGUAUUCCGAAUCAAGAAAAGGUUCAGAAAGAAUCGAUAUCACUCUAUCUCAACAUGAAAUUGAUAUUCGAAAGAAUCAAGUUGUAUCGAUUCAGAGAGAACGUGGAGGUGAGGAUACGAAUCUGAUAUUGAGUAGUCAAGAUAUAAUUAGUGGUUGGGUGAUAACUUUACUCAGAAGAGCUGGACAUGUAAUAAAUGGAGUUAUAUACGUUUGUGAUUUUCGAAGAUUUUGUCAAUCACAUCCAUCAAUCCCAUCGACACUACCUUAUCUCGUGGGGAAUAUCGCUCAGAUGCGUCAAAUAUCCCUUCCACCUGCCUCUUCAAACGCAGAUCCGCCUGAUGAAGAGAUGAAAGAUAUAUCAAGGGACAUAUAUGAGAUUGCUAAAACGAUCAGAAAAGAAAUCAUCGAACUGAGAGAAAAUCCCGAUAUCCUGCUACCUUGGUUGUCUACCAUAGCAGGUAAUUUAGUGCAAUCAGCCGAACAAGGUAAAGGCCAAUUUGUAAUUCCUGAUCAAGGUGAAAUAAUGGUGAAUUCUCAUAUAAGAGCAAAUUGGCAUCUUUCGUUCGGUUUCCCAGAAGAUCAGACUGCGUUCCAUAAUUUCUAUUCAAACGUUCGGUUCUUGAGGAUAUAUCAAUCGAAUCCUAUACCAGGUGAAAAUCCCCCAAUCAGGAGAAUAGAAUUGACGAUAAACGUUCCGAAAGACAUGAAAUGGGUCGUUGAUGAUUUGGUAGGGAAGGAUAAGAAGAAGUGGAAUGAGGUGAAGUGA